AUGCUUACGAAAAACACCUUUCAGAUCGGUGUGAUGGCCGUCCUGGCGACCGCAGUGAUUGCUCAACCGCGAUGCACGGCGCCAGAUCCCCCAAAAGAGCUGUUGGAGCAUGCAGCGGAGAUGAAAAUGCAAGAAAACUCAAUAAAAAAUGCUGGACUGCUGCGCUCUCAGUCUCCCAUCACAGUCGAUGCAUGGUUCCACAUUGUUGCCGCUUCUGAUGCCGUGGAAGAUGGAAAUAUAACCGAUGAGAUGGUUGAAAACCAGCUGGGUGUCCUUAAUUCCAACUUCGCUCCCCAUGACAUUGGCUUCAAUCUCUUGGGCACCACGAGGACCAUCAACAGCACAUGGUCAGACAACACCGAUGUGCUCGACAUGAAAACGAAUCUUCGCAAGGGUGGAUACGCCACUCUCAACUUGUACUUCACGAGGACGCUUCCGGGGAACUCAUCGGGCUACUGCACCUUCCCAGGAACCGUUGACAAUGGCACUGUAGACUUCUUCAACGAUGGCUGCGUCCUCGACGCCCAGACGGUACCCGGAGGUUCCAAGGUGCCGUACAAUGAAGGCAAAACUGCAACCCACGAGGUCGGACACUGGUUUGGUCUUUAUCAUACCUUCCAAGGCGGCUGCAAUGGCGGAGACGGAAUCGAUGACACUCCAUCUCAGGACAGCCGAAGCGAAGGCUGUCCCGUUGGUCGGGAUUCGUGCCCUGACAUGCCCGGACUAGACCCCAUUCACAACUACAUGGACUACUCUGACGAUUCAUGCUACGAAGAAUUCACUCCCGACCAAGAUGCUCGGAUGCGGUCCAACUGGGACUGGUACCGAGCCGCUUCGCAAGCCGGGCGGAAGUAG